CACGUUAUUACUGUGUACCGGGAUAGACCUAACUGACAUAUCAUUUGCGAAUGUUGUCGAUCCACGACAAUUAUUCAAUUUAGUUUUACUAGUUUACUACACAAAAUUCAAAAACGAAAAUAUCGACUUCUUAAAUCAGAAUGAAUAAUUUAAAUAAGUUGUAUGCCAUUGCGGCCUUGGGCAAUGGUAAUGUUAUGGCUAUACCAUGUAUUUGGUUAGUUCGAGAAAAUUAUUCACCCAUAGUCAAAAAUAAAGAUUAUGAAUUAUAUUUUCCAUUACACGAAUCUGUUAAGCAAGCAGAAAAAUAUGCAGAUGUUAAAAAAGAUUGGGUAAAAUCAUGUUGCACGGUUCUCGAUAUUACAGAUUCUUAUUUAAGAGCCCAUUAUAUGGCUACCACAGAAAACUUGGGAAAAUAUACAUUUGUUAUUGUUGAGUUUUUGGAAGACCAAUCAGCGGAAGUUGUUUUAUGUAAUUGGGUUUUGACUGAUGAUGUUACACAACAAUUUAAAUGUCAGUGGCCAGGAAGUAAAAAUGAAUUGAAGUACUCUCAGUUAAAAAAAAAUCCUACAAAUGUAUGGUCAACACAUAUCUGUAUUCCACGAAAAUUUUUUGAUUAUCUAAUAAAUUAUUCUUAUGAAAGUGACAAUCAAAGUCAAUCUAUGUUUUUAAUGCUUAUAGAUAAUGUUCCGGCUCCAUCAAGUAACUUUAACUUUAACAGUUCAAGUCCAUUACAACAGUCAUGUGAAUUGGAAAAUGUAGUCGAAGACAAUGGAAAUCAAAAUUCACAAGCUUGUACAAUACCUGAACUAAUGAAUGUUGUACAAAAUAUUGGUCAUGUUAUGAUGAAUGGUAAGUUAAAGUCUUAA